CCGGGAUUAAUCUUCAAAUGGCCAGAUCGCCCGCAAGACUCAUCCCGCUGCUGCAGCUAUCGCCCUAUCGACCUAAACUAUCGAUAACGUCGCUCCCACUCGACUCCAUUGCAACAUCAACCAAAGAUUUCGAGGGGCGCUGCCCGGAGUUUCAGCAGAACGAUGAAAUAAUUGGUAGCUUUGGAGAUACGAUGGGAUUCUUCGUCCAAGAAGCUGCGAAUUGCGGCCAAGACAUUUCGGUUUACCCGCUCCGCGGCAUUGCUCUGUGGAAAUUUACAACGUUCGACGCCGUCGCCUCCUUCAUCGCCUUUAAGAAGGUGUACUUCGAGAAGUGGUCCACCACGAUAAAUAUCCAGGCGUGUCCACUCUUGGACCUCCGAUACUUGCCCAGGAAGUCGAUGUACAGUUUCUGGAAUGGCCUCUCCGUCUCUACCCUUCUUCCGAUUCCGACCUGCAUCCGGAAGUUUGGCGCUUUGGAUUCCCUGCACACCUCGCAACUCCGGACGUAUUCCCGUACCUGGAUGGUCAUCCCUGGCCAAUAGAACUGGCGUCGCAGGAUCUCCAAGGUCUUCGUCAUCCCACCAUGGCCAGCCUUGGGGUCCGAAUGAGCACGCUCUACCAAGCUGGAUCAGGCUUUGCGGGAUCCACAGCUUCCAUUCGGAUCCUUCCAAUUCCUCGUCCAUUUUGGGGUUACUCAUGCGCUUGAAGAUGAGUCCGUCAUCCACCUUGAGGUCCGGUAAGUGCUCCCUGUUGGACUCCACGUCCUGGAAACAAUACCGCGCCGACGCCAACGUGGGAUGCGUCGCACUGGACGAAGAAAUGCUUCUUGAAAUCUGCAUGAACCAGGACCGGCGCGCUCGUCAAGGCCAACUUCAGGUCAUCCACUGCCUGGGUGGCGCUGGGACUUAGGGAAAACUUUGUGUUUCCAGCCUUCUUCAAGGACUCGGAGAGUGGUGCGGCUAGCGUAGCGAAGUUCUUGACGAACCGUCGAUACCAUCCCGCUGUGCCGAGGAAAGCACGUACUUCCUUCAUGGA